GAACGAAGAGGAAGCAACGCAGCUCCGCCACUCGUCCUCCGCUCGCACGCGUCCCUUCAGUGUGCGGCGCGCGACUGGUCUUCCGCAGCGAAAACACAGCAGCCGUGGGCGGCGCGUCUCAGCUGUUACGCACCUCUCAGCGAAUAAUCUUGUGACAUUUUACCGUGUGGUUUUUAGGAAUAGCGUCACUGUCAAAGGCAAGCAGCUGUUCCGCGUGUGUUUCUUCGAGACUUUGGCACAGUGCUGGCAGAUUGGACUCGUUCGCUACUUCCUUACCGUAUACGAGGCACGUAACUAACUUGCGCUGCAACUUUUUUCUGUCGUGGCCUCUCGUACAGUAGCGAUCUCCGCUGUGGUGCUGUCCUGCUGCUACUUCGCUGGCUGAGUCAAUUAACUGGGGGCACGCGAGCCAGCGCUCCAUUCACGCCGGCGACCAAUUGGUGACUCAUACGGCUCGCAGCUCACGCUGAAUCACCAGUACUCGGCGUUCGGAGAGGCAGGUCAGACCAUCGGCGAGAUUUUCCCUGGAGCAGGAAACGGGACCAGCUCUCUGUGCCGGAGACGGAUGUGGCUGUAGGGGCUCGGCAGCCAUGGUGAAGGUGGAAGGACCGCUACCGCUGCCCGUCAUGGCCCGCACGCCGCUCAAGUCGUCGUUCAGCAUCAGCUCCAUCCUCCCAGAGACGGCAGCGUCGCCGUGUGGCCGACCGUGUAGCCCUCGCCUCGCUCUGACGCCCGAUCUGUCGGCUUCGGACUCGGAGUGCAGUAGCGACUUGGACGUGACAGGCGGUGCGACUCCGCCGCCCCUCGACUGCAGCCGCCAACACGCUCCCGCCGCCCCCAGUCCGCCCCCGGCGGCAAAUGACAAGGAGGGCGAAGCCGGCAAGGAAGCGAAUAAGGACGCAGCGGCGGAGACGGGCAAACAGACGGAGGAGAAGAAGAAGAACGAGAAGCCGCCGUACAGCUACAACGCGCUGAUCAUGAUGGCCAUCCGGCAGAGCCCCGAGAAGCGGCUCACGCUCAACGGCAUCUACGAGUUCAUCAUGAAGAACUUCCCGUACUACCGCGAGAACAAGCAGGGCUGGCAGAACUCGAUCCGGCACAACCUGAGCCUCAACAAGUGCUUCGUAAAGGUGCCGCGCCACUACGACGACCCGGGCAAGGGCAACUACUGGAUGCUCGACCCGUCCAGCGAGGACGUCUUCAUCGGCGGCACGACGGGCAAGCUGCGCCGGCGAUCGACGGCCGCGUCGCGGUCGCGACUCGCCGCCUUCAAGCGCACCGUCGUGCUGGGGGCGGCGGCGGCAGCGGGUCUCUACUCGGGGGCGGCCGCCGCGUCGCCGUACGCUGCCGCAGCCGGGGGCGGACCCGCGUCGCCGUGGGCGCUGUCGCCCGCCGCGCUGUACUGUGGCCCUGCGGCGGCGCUCUACCACCGCUACCCCUACCCGUACGCCGGGGCAGGCUUGCUGGUGCCGGCCGCCGCCGCCGCGGCCGCCGCCGCCGCCGCCUCCUCCGCCUCCGCGUCGCCGUCGACGACGCUGGCCAAGCCGACGCCGCUGCAAGCGUCCGCCUUCAGCGUGGAGCGGCUGCUGGCCGCCGACGGGCCCGCGGCGCCACCCCCGCACGCGCCGCCCCCGCACGUGCCGCCCCCGCACGUGGCGGCGCCGCCGCUGCGCUACGCCGCCGCCGCCGCCUACCACGACUUCUACGCGACGCUGCGCUCCCUGGCGGCGCCGUCGCUGCUGCACCACCCGCACCCGCAGGCGCCGGUGCCGCCGCCGCCGCAUCCGCCCCCGCAGCCCGUCUGUUCGGCCGCCUCCAGCCCGGAGCCGCGGCCCGCGCCCAUCUACAAGCCCGUCACCGUGCUCGCCUCCAGGCACAGCUAGGUACAGCCGUGAUACUCCUAACAUUUUUGUUACGUUAUUUAUUGACUUUCGUUUACCACCGCUAUGUUACAAACUUUGUCAUAUUAUUACGACUCCCUUUUUUGCAAGAGCGGAAAUAUGCCUCUGUAAUGGCUUGCCUAGAAUAUAAAUAAUUUUAAGUAUGUGAGGUAGCGGUUCUCAUAUUUUACAGUAAUAAUUAAUAGCAUUCGACUGUUUUCUGUCCCACCCACGACGCGAUUCUUGAGACAGUACUCUCAUCAGGUUGUCGAAGUUCGCUGCUGAUAGCAAUAGCGGUCGAAACGCCGUAAUUUUUACAUAUUAACAAUGUGGUCACAGCCCCAGAAGAAUUUUAUUGACUGUGACAAUGGUCGCGGAAGCCUACGCUUACAAUCAGCUCACGAUGUUCAAACACUAAAAACGUCGCGAACGUGUCUUAGUGUUUUAACGUCAUCAGCUAAGUUUGACAACCUGAUGAUUGUCGCAGAUAACGAACGCGUUGUUGAGUCGUGUGUAGGACAGAAAACAGUUGAAUGCUAUCAGUCACAAAUGAUAGCUUAACUUGCCACACAAGGUCGUGCAGUAGGUCUCCGACCCUUGUACGAUUAGUGUAACUGACCACUCUCUGAACACUGCUUCAGCUUAUUAAAUAACUUUAUUGUGCAUUUCUGUUUGCGAUUUUUUUU